AUGUUCGCCCCAAGCCGAAGGAGGGUCCUUGAGGCCGUUGCCUCUUCCUCAUCUUCUUCCGUCGUCACACUCCCCGGCUUCCUCGUGCCCGCCUUCCAACAGACUGCCGGUGCCGCCGCCCGGCGCAACUUUUCCGCGACGACAACCCGCCCGUCCAAGCUUGGCCGCACCCCGCUCAGCAUCCCUCCUGGCGUCGAGAUCACCAUUGGCGAGCCCUUUGUCAAGCGCGACAUGACGCAGUGGAAGCAGCAGCCUAAGCGCAAGAUUACGGUGCAGGGCCCGUUGGGGCAACUCGAGAUGGACAUUCCCGACUUCAUCAAGAUCGACCACGACGCCGAGGCGAGGAGAGCGACUCUCAGCGUAGCAAACCGGGAUGAGAAGGAGCAGAGAGAGAUGUGGGGUAUGGCAAACACCUUCCUUGUCUUGGGGAAUGUGGAAAGUUACAGGCGGCCAGUCAGCUGA